GGAGAGCCCUGGCGGCGUCACCGACAAGAAGAGGAUUAGCUCAGAACGCAGAAAAGAGAAGUCAAGAGAUGCAGCACGGUGCCGAAGGAGCAAGGAAUCGGAAGUGUUCUAUGAGCUGGCUCAUCAGCUGCCCCUGCCCCACACCGUCAGCGCGCACCUGGACAAGGCAUCCAUUAUGAGGCUGACCAUCAGCUACUUGCGCAUGAGAAAGCUGCUAGAUGCUGGUGAGCUGGAAACAGAAGCCAAAAUGGAGAAGGAACUGAACUGUUUCUACUUGAAAGCUCUGGAUGGAUUUGUCAUGGUUCUGUCUGAAGAUGGGGACAUGAUUUACAUGUCUGAAAAUGUGAACAAGUGUAUGGGACUCACUCAGUUUGAGUUGACGGGGCACAGUGUGUUUGAUUUCACUCAUCCAUGUGACCAUGAAGAGCUGAGAGAAAUGCUUACACACAGAAAUGGUCCUGUGAAAAAGGGCAAAGAGCAGAACACGGAGCGCAGCUUUUUUCUCAGAAUGAAGUGCACGCUGACUAGCAGGGGGAGAACAGUGAAUAUAAAGUCUGCUACGUGGAAGGUACUCCACUGCACUGGACACAUUCGUGUGUACGACACAUGCGGUAAUCAAAGUCACUGUGGCUACAAAAAGCCUCCCAUGACGUGUCUGGUGCUGAUCUGUGAACCUAUUCCUCAUCCGUCAAACAUCGAGGUCCCUUUGGACAGUAAAACAUUCCUCAGUCGUCACAGUCUUGAUAUGAAAUUUUCCUAUUGCGAUGAAAGAAUUACAGAAUUGAUGGGGUAUGAGCCAGAGGAACUCCUGGGUCGCUCUAUUUAUGAGUACUAUCAUGCACUGGAUUCUGAUCAUCUGACCAAAACACACCACGACAUGUUCACAAAAGGGCAGGUGACAACAGGACAGUACAGAAUGCUUGCUAAACAAGGUGGCUAUGUCUGGGUUGAAACUCAAGCAACUGUUAUAUACAACACUAAGAAUUCUCAACCACAGUGCAUAGUAUGUGUAAACUACGUGCUGAGUGGGAUUGUUCAGAAGGACUUAAUUUUUUCCCUUGGACAAACUGAGUGUAUGCUGAAACCAGUGGAGUCUCCUGAUAUGAAAAUGACCAAAAUAUUCAGCAAAGAUGACCUGGAUGAUACCAACAACCUAUUUGAAAAACUUAAACAGGAACCAGAUGCUUUAACUGUGCUGGCCCCAGCUGCAGGAGACACAAUUAUCUCACUAGAUUUCAGCAGUAAUGAGUCUGAUGAACAACAAUGUGAUGAAGUUCCUUUGUAUAACGAUGUAAUGCUCCCCUCAUCCAGUGAGAAAUUGCAGAAUAUAAAUAUGGCAAUGUCCCCACUACCUGCCUCUGAAACUACAAAGCCACUUCGUAGCAAUGCUGAUCCUGCACUCAAUAGAGAAGUUGUAUCAAAGCUGGAGCCAAACACAGAGCCACUCGAACUCUCUUUUACCAUGCCUCAGGUGCAAGAGCAACCAACCAGCCCUUCUGAUGCAAGCACCAGCCAAAGUUCACCUGAGCCCAGUAGUCCCAAUGACUACUGCUUUGAUGUGGAUAAUGAUAUGGCUAAUGAAUUCAAACUGGAAUUAGUGGAGAAACUAUUUGCAAUAGAUACAGAAGCAAAAAAUCCAUUUUCUACUCAGGAAACUGAUUUAGAUUUGGAGAUGUUGGCUCCUUACAUCCCAAUGGAUGACGACUUCCAGUUGCGAUCCUUUGAUCAGCUCUCUCCACUGGAAAGCAGUUCUUCCAGCUCCCAGAGUGCAACCACCAUUACCAUAUUUCAGCAGACUCAGACAUCAUCAAAUACUGCUGAUGAAAUAAAGCCAGCCACAGAACAAGUGGAGGACGUGAAGACACUAAUUGUUCCUUCAUCUCCUGUCCACGUAGUCAAUGAAACGAGUAGUGCCCCAGCAUCACCUUACAGUGGGAACAGGAGUCGAACUGCAUCUCCAGUCAGACCAGCAAAAGGAACACUGGAUCAGACAGAAAAAUCUUGUCCAGGAGCACCCAGUUUGCUAACAGUCACUCUGAAUAAAAGAUCUACUGCAAUGGAUGAAGAACUAAAUCCAAAGAUGCUAGCUUUGCAUAAUGCUCAGAGAAAACGAAAAAUGGAACAUGAUGGUUCACUUUUUCAGGCAGUUGGAAUUGGGUCUUUAUUCCAGCAGACAGGUGAUCGUGGAGGAAAUGCAACGCUUGCUUGGAAACGUGUAAAGGGAUGCAAAACAAAUGGUCAUAGUGGAGUGGAGCAAAAGACAAUCAUUCUACUAUCAACUGACAUAGCAAGUAAACUCCUAGGGCAAUCGAUGGAUGAAAGUGGACUACCCCAGCUCACGAGUUACGAUUGCGAAGUAAACGCUCCCAUACAAGGCAACAGAAACCUGCUACAGGGUGAAGAACUGCUCAGAGCUCUGGAUCAAGUUAACUGAGCUUUCACAAUACUUGUUCCUUUUUUGGACACUGGUGAAUCAUCACCUAAAGCAGUCUAUUUAUAUUUUCUAUAUCUGAUUUUAGAAGCCUGGCUACAGUACUGCACUAAUUCAGUUAGUUCAGUUUUGAUCCCCUUUCUACUUAUUUUGACAGUCUUUUUAAUAUGUUCUUUAUGUAACAAUAACUCAAACUAUAGUGCAUUUUUAUAAUUCUUUGGUACAUACACUUUUAAGUCCAUUACAUUUAAAACACACUUGCAAUAGCAGCUUUGAAAUAUGCACCUGAUUUAAAAGAAAAAAAAAAAGUAUUUAUUUUUUGGCUGGGGAGUUGGUCACCAAAACUUGUCAUUAGUAAAAUGUCAACACAGGUGAAACUGGCAACACUUCCAUCCUGCUUUUCAUAGGUAGAUGGAAGACUUGUGCUCUCUUUAUGUUCAAAUGAGUUUUUUAUUUUAAUAGUUUUUAUAAGAAACAACAAUGCUUUGCAGCAGUGCAUUGU